AUGUGGAUGAGGACAUCAUUGAACUAUUUCCAAGGAAUCAAGCGAAUCAUUCCAUUCAAUACGCGGCGGCAUAGCAAGCUGAAAUGGCAUGAAAAUCCGCUCAAACGAUGCCUUAUAACUUCGCCAUUAGCGCUUACUGCUGAGUAUAUGUUUCAACAGUAUUUGCAUAUUAAAGCACAGUAUAGCGAUUGCUUGCUACUAUUUCAAGUUGGUGGAUUUUACGAGUUAUAUAAUCAAGAUGCACAUGCUGCAGCUGGAAAGACUGAAUUAUUCUUAAGCCACCAUAAAAAAAUGGGUAACAAUACUUAUGUUGAUCUAGCUGGAUUUCCUAUCUACGCACUUGAUGCAUGGUUAGCGAAGUUGACUGGUCAUGGCUUCCGUGUUGCUGUAUGCAAUCAAACUGAUUCUAAAAUUGACACUGGCCGCAACUCUAAAUUAGUUCAUCGACAGGUAACACAAGUGGUCACACCUGGCACCUUCAUAAAUCCUAUGCAGGAAAAUGCAUCCUACUUGAUGGCAGUUUGUCAAGGACCGGGUCAUCAAUUAGGUAUCAGCUGGGUGGAUAUAUCAACAGGUGAUUUUCAACUGACAACCGUCAAUGUAGGAAAUCUUGGAGAGGAAUUGGCCAGAAUUAAUCCAGUUGAGAUAAUUUGUUAUCAAGACAUGCAAAAUCUUUUAAACAAGUAUUUCAACCAAAACGAUUCAAUGCAAGCUAUCCCCUCCUUUGCCGGUAAAUAUGAUCAGUUGUCGUUGCUCCCUGGAUUUAGGCUAACACCAUUGAAAGAUAAUGCCUUAGAAGACGAUAUAUGGGCAACGAUGCGUGACAAUGGAUUGAAGAAUACACAAAUUUCUAGCAUAGAAGAGAGCACAAUCAAGAUGCUACUGAAAUAUUUAACUGAUACGAGAGGCAGACACAUCAUUAAAACCCUUACCCCUAAGCACUACUCAAUCGAUGAUCACAUGUCUAUCGAUCCGGCUAGUCGAAAAUCACUUGAACUGUUACAGCCACUCCAUAACGAUGCUUCAAGCGGUAGAGCGCGUACAUUACUUCAUAUCAUUGACAAUACCGUUACUUCUGCUGGUAGAAGAUAUCUCAAAGCAGACUUGUCCUCACCUUUAACAGAUAUUACAAAAAUUAAUAAAAGGCUUGAUGAAGUGACUUACUUUUACCAUCAUCUAACAAUUACAAAAUCUAUUUGCGAUAUUUUAAAAACGUGUGGAGAUAUGGAGCGACUGGUGCAAGCAUUUUCUACUAAUAUGGCAAAUGUAGGGCAUGUUAUUAAAUUGAGUCAAGUCCUACCUAAUACCCAAAUGUUACAUCAGGUAUUAGAUGAAAAUUUAACGAAUGAUCACAGUUUACGUGAACUCAUCAAUCAACUGCCACCAAGAAGUAUCGACCGCCAGAGUUUAAUAAAGUAUUUACAAGGAAUAGUCACUACUGACGAUGAUGAAACCAAUUUUCCUGCAAUUGGUGUGGAUGAUAAAUGCGAUCAAAUUCGUUCAGAAAUUAACGCACUACAUCAACAAGUUGUAAGACUUAAAGAUAAUUUCAUAAAUUUGAUGCCAAGUGGUAAAUUAGAAAUAUACAAGGAUCUUGGUUAUGCAUACAGUUUACCAAAAGCUGAGAGUAAAAAUCUGCAGUCUACUUUUAAUGAUAGUAAUGUAAUGAUGGUGAAGACAAAAGCCUCUCGAAUAUUAUUUACUGAUGAAAAAUUGCAGUUGAUUAACAUUGAAUUACGAAGAAACACUGCUAAACUUAACCAACGUAAGAAUGAAUUUUUACUCCAUUUAUUUAAUAAAAUAACAUUGUCUAUAGAUUGGUUGAAAAGAAUUGCUCAGGUUGUAGCGAGAUUAGAUGUAGCUUGCAGCUUAGCAAUAGCUGCUAAAGAUGGUAAAUUCAUUAGACCAACUUUCGACGAUGAAGAAAAUCAGUUAUUUCAAGUUGUAGCCGGAAGGCACCCUGUCAUUGAAUCGACCACCUAUGAUUCGAGUUCUUAUAUACCAAAUGACUGCAAUUUGCGCCCUUCUGAUCGCAUUUGGUUACUUACUGGGCCUAACAUGGCUGGUAAAAGUACUUACUUACGUCAAAAUGCUAUUAUAUCAAUUUUGGCUCAAAUUGGAUCUUACGUUCCGGCCGAUAAAGCUCAUCUCAGUAUUGUAGAUCGACUAUUUACGCGCAUAGGAAGCUCUGAUAGUAUAAUAGAAGGCAGAUCAACGUUCAUGACAGAAAUGCUUGAAACUGCUUAUUUUACUUCUCAUGCUACCGAAAGGUCUCUCGUUAUUCUGGACGAAAUUGGUCGAGGUACUGCUAUGUAUGAUGGUAUGGCUAUCGCCUGGGCUGUUAUCGAAUAUCUACAUGACAUUGUUAAAUGUCGGUGUUUAACAGCCACUCAUUAUCAUCAGUUGAGUCGAAUGGUCAAUGACAACCUGUCAUGCUCAUCGUCAUAUCAAAUGCUUACAGCUAGUAAGGGUGUCAUUGAUCAGAAUUCGUUAACUCUUUUGCAUAAAGUAGUACCAGGUCACUGUCAAAAUUCGCUCGGGAUUGAAAUAGCGGAUAUGGCAGGUAUCCCAUCACCGAUAAUACUACGAGCUAAGGAAUUGAGAGAGUCAAGAGCGAAAAGUUUGGACGUAGCGGAAGUAUAUGAUAGUGUUGAUAAAACUAUGAUAAAUAAUGAAAGAAAGGACCAAAAUCAAGAGAUAAAAAUUGACGUAAGAUCCAUUGGAAGCGAAUUAGUCCGUAUUGGUAAUGAUUUAUCCAAUUCAGAAGCCUAUCAAGCCGAUUUUCUAUCCUUAGCUAAUACAAUGACACCCGAAAAAGCAAGCAUAUUUUUACAAGACCUAAAGGAUUUAUUAUCAAAUGCAUAA